UGUGUGUGUUCUAGAAAUAACCAUUUCCCUCAAAAACAAUUCGAUUCGACUAUUAUACUCUCUCUCUCUUUUUGAUCUCUGCCUUGUUUCUCUGUGCAUUCUCCUGAUGUUGGUUUCGAGAAUCCUCUCGCGACUCUCCCGCACCGCGGGCAUACGCCCCUCUCUCUCCACCGCCGCCGCUCUUCCGGCGAGGAGCCAAGCUCCUCUACUCUCCUCCCGUUAUCACUCCCUCGUUCACGAUUUCUCUCUAAAGGGGCAGCUUGUUGCAGCUCAGGCGUCUCUUGAUUCAUUGCCACUUCAAAGGUUCGCUUUUUCUUCCUCCACCACGCCUGAGUCAAGUGAAAAGGAGAGCAACACUGAGGCCUCGAAGACAAGUGAAAAGGAGGCAGAUCUUGACUCAGAAUCUACCAAAGAUUCUGCGAAUAGGAGGAAGAGAGGUGCUAAACGAGUUGUAGUUUCUGAAUCAGAUUCCGAGAGUGAUGAUGAUGAGGAGAUGUCAAGGGAGGAUUUGAUGAAGCUUGUGGCUGAGAAGGAAGAGAUUCUGUCUGAAAAGGAGGAUGAGAUUAAGCAAAUGAAGGAUAAAGUUCUUCGCAGUUACGCAGAGAUGGAGAAUAUUAUGGAUAGAACAAGGCGUGAUGCUGAAAACACCAAAAAAUAUGCCAUACAGAAUUUUGCGAAGAGUCUUUUGGAUGUGGCGGAUAAUCUUGGAAGAGCUUCAUCGGUUGUCAAAGAAAGCUUCUCUAAGCUUGACGACACGGCCAAAGAUUCUGCUGGAGCUGCUCCACUCUUAAAGACACUUUUAGAAGGUGUGGAGAUGACUGAGAAACAGCUUGCUGAAGUGUUUAAGAAGUUUGGUAUGGAGAAGUAUGAUCCUAUCAACGAGCCGUUUGAUCCGAACAGGCAUAACGCAGUGUUCCAAGUCCCUGAUGCUUCUAAGCCAGAAGGCACUGUUGCUCAUGUCUUGAAGUCUGGAUACACGUUAUUUGAUCGAGUUAUAAGACCAGCUGAGGUUGGUGUGACUCAAGGAGGAGAGAGCCAAGAAGACAAGAAAGAGUCUGAUGAUGCUUGAAACGAAGUCAUCUGGUUUUCAGAAGUUUUGCUUACUGUACUUUCUUUUUAAUUAACACCCAUAGUUUUCUCUUGUCGUUUGGUUAUUCAUUGGAUGAACAAGAUAGAUCUCCCAUAAGUUGCUGGACAUGGCACUUGCAGGGGAAGUCCUGCUUCUGUGUGUGUUUUCUGGAUCUUCAUGGAAUCUUGACUUGCACUAAGGGAAGUUAUAGCUGUUUUUGAGUUGUUCAGACACAAAAUAAGGUUUCACAUUGUCUAAUACAACCUGAA